ACACAAACUCUCUCUCCACCCCAGAGAGAAGACUUAAAGGUCCAACAGUGUUACAGUACUUUAUAUGCACAAACUUUCUUUAUGUUGAGAUGUUCUCAAUACUAAAAUCCUUAUGGAAAUUGAAGAAUGGGAUAGUUCUGUUCUUCACUCCUCUGAUUCUUCUUCCACUACCGGUUGUCAUCAACACAAAGGAGGCCAACUGUGCCUAUGUAAUCAUAUUAAUGGCAGUAUACUGGUGUACAGAGGCUCUUCCAUUAGCUGUCACAGCACUGUUGCCUGCUGUCCUUUUUCCAAUGUUUGGCAUUAUGCAAUCCAAAGUGGUGUGUAUGCAAUACCUGAAAGAUACUAACUUGCUGUUUGUGGGAGGGUUGCUGGUGGCUGUGGCAGUCGAACACUGGAACCUGCACAAGCGCAUUGCCCUCAGAGUGCUGCUCAUUGUUGGGGUGCACCCAGCACUCCUUAUGUUGGGCUUCAUGGGAGUGACGGCUUUCCUCUCCAUGUGGAUCAGUAACACAGCCACCACGGCUAUGAUGGUCCCCAUAGUACAGGCCGUGCUGGAGCAGCUGAAUAAACAGGAGACAGAACUUACUCAGAUGACCUGCAGUGAACAGCGGUCUCAGGCCCCGGAGGCUGAGCACAAACAACCAGCCAAGCUUGAAGACAGAGAAGUGGUGGUGCGCAUGUUGGAUAUCUCACCAGAAGCUGCCAAGCAGCAAGAGUCUGUUGACAAAACUCUUAUGUCUAAGGGAAUGACUCUGUGUGUGUGUUAUGCUGCUAGCAUUGGGGGAACAGCAACACUUACAGGCACUGGACCCAAUCUGGUACUUAAGGGUCAGAUGAACCAGUUAUUUCCUGAGAAUGGUGAUGUCAUCAACUUUGCUUCAUGGUUUGGAUUUGCAUUCCCAAACAUGAUCAUCAUGCUGAUAAUAGCCUGGUUCUGGCUUCAGUUUGUUUUCAUGGGAUUCAACUUCCGAAAGACAUGGGGCUGUGGAGCAAGGAGGUCAGAGAAGGAAAUCGGUGCCUACAACGUCAUCCGCGAGCAGCACCUUCAUAUGGGACCGAUGUCUUUUGGAGAACUCAGUGUUCUGGCUCUCUUCAUUUUGCUUGUGGUUCUGUGGUUCACCCGAGAUCCUGGAUUUGUGGCAGGCUGGGCAACCUACAUUUUUAACAUAGAUGCAGAAUAUGUGACAGAUGCUACUGUUGCUGUCUUCAUUGCUGUGCUGCUUUUCGUUCUUCCAUCAAAACCGCCUCGACUUUUCUUCCGGUCAUCGACCGGCUCUGAAACAGAUGCCCAACUUUCCACUGUUCCCAGUUCAGCUCUGCUCACCUGGAAUGUUGCUCAGAAGAAAUUACCUUGGAAUAUAGUUUUGCUCCUGGGUGGAGGAUUUGCAUUGGCCAAAGGUAGCGAGGAGUCCGGACUAUCAAGAUGGAUCGGAAACCAGUUAACUCCCCUACAUGCCAUCCCUCCAUGGGCUAUUGUUAUCAUUUUGUGCCUCCUAAUUGCCGUUUUUACUGAAUGCACCAGCAAUGUGGCUACAGCAACCCUUUUCCUCCCUGUUCUUGCUUCUAUGUCUCAGUCUGUGGGAAUGAAUCCUCUGUACGUCAUGGUGCCAUGCACACUCAGUGCUUCCUUUGCAUUCAUGUUACCUGUGGCAACUCCUCCAAAUGCUAUAGUCUUCUCAUACGGAUACCUCAAGGUUUCAGACAUGGCAAAGACAGGCAUAAUAAUGAAUGUCAUAGGAAUUGUCUGCAUCACUUUAGCCAUCAACACCUGGGGCAAGGCAAUGUUCAGCCUAGACACAUUUCCUGCUUGGGCCAACCAAACAGAAGUAUGAAGGACAGUAUGUGGCCAAAUGGAAAGCAACAAGCUGCUCUUUCUCAUCAUCAUCUUCACAACAUGCAGCACACAGACUGCAUAUGGCAGGUUUUGCACACCCUUUGCCUCUUUUACUUAAGGGCAAGAAUUAAUAUGUGGCUAUAUACAAGGUUGUUAUGUUUGGAGUACACCUGCUUUUCAAAACAACAUUUUAUAUACACUGUUAAAAACUGAAGCCUUUCAAAAAGUACACCUUUGCACCUAAAGAGUUCAUAUUAGUACCUCAGAGGUACAUAUUGGUACCAAAUGUAUACAUAUAUGUACAUAGGACCUUUUUCAAGGGUACUGCCCCAGUGACAGCUUGGGACCAUU